CUAAUUUUAAUCCCCUUUCAUUCUCACUACCAUUGUUUUCCUCUUCAUAUCCAUAUCUGAGCCAUUCCCACGCUCUUUUAUUUUGUUUUCCAUUUCCUUUUUUAUAUGGCUCUUUCCUCCCAACUAAUUUUAGUUUAUCGAUACGGGGCCUUUUGGGUUUCUCCGUUCGCCGCGGGGCUCUGUGGCGUGGAGAAUCAGCGGAAUUGGAUAACGCUAAGUUGUUGCGCUGGUUCUUUUUGUUGUUCUGAAUCCAAGGAAACCAUUCCAAAUCGGUGUCUGAAAACACCCCACGAUCUACUGAGGCAUGAUUGCUACCUAAGACAAAGCUUGCUUAAGUAAAGCUCUAACGUCUGCUUCAAGGUUUGGAAAGUGAAAGCAAAGAUGAACUUCAGGAACUACGGUUAUAAUAACCCCACUUGGGAUGCCAUGCAUGGGAAGACACCGGCGGCAAAUGUUGGUUCUCUACUGAGACAGCCAUCAUCUGUAUACUCCCUUACAUUUGAUGAGUUUCAGAGCACCAUGGGUGGGGUUGGGAAGGAAUUUGGGUCCAUGAACAUGGAUGAACUCUUGAAGAACAUUUGGACAGCUGAAGAGACUCAGGCCUUGACAUUUUCAGCUGGUACAGGAGAAGGCCACAACCUUAACUCAAUUAGUGGUGGUUUGCAAAGACAGGGUUCUUUGACAUUGCCAAGGACUCUUAGUCAAAAAACAGUAGAUGAGGUUUGGAAGGACUUGAUCAAAGAAAGUAGUGGGGCCAAUGAUGGGAAUGGCAAUGGUGGUUCAUCCAUUCCUCAAAGGCAACCAACAUUGGGAGAAAUGACUUUAGAGGAGUUUUUGGUGAGAGCUGGGGUGGUGAGAGAAGAUGUGCCUCAACAACAACAAAUUGGAAAACCAAAUAACAAUGGAUGGUUUGGUAACUUUCCUAGACCAAACAAUAACAAUGGCCUACUUCUUGGUUUCCAUCAACCAAAUAGAAGUAAUGGGAAUAUGGGUGAGAGGGUGGUGGAGACCAACAAUAACUUAGCUCCCAAACAACCUCCUCCUCUAUCACUAAACUCAAACCACUCUCACCGACCAACACAACAGCCACCACUUUUUCCAAAGCCUGCAAAUUUAUCUUUUGCUGCUCCUAUGCAUUUGUUGAACAGUGCUGCACUUGCUAGCCCUGGCAGAAGAGGAGGGUUGAUCGACCAUUCAUUGAAUGUUGGACUGGUUGGUUUAGUCUCGGGUAAUCCAGAGGCUUCUCCCUCAAGGAAAAUAUCAUCAGAUGUAAUUACAAGAAGUAAUGUAGACAACUCUCCACUGUCGCCAGUUCAUUAUUCAAUCAACAGGGGAAGAAAAUCUAGUGCUAUAGAGAAAGUGGUUGAGAGAAGACAAAGGAGAAUGAUCAAAAAUAGAGAAUCAGCAGCCAGAUCACGGGCUCGUAAGCAGGCCUACACUUUCGAACUAGAAGCUGAAGUUGCAAAACUAAAGGAAAUAAACAGAGAAUUGCAAAGAAAACAGGCAGAAAUUAAGGAAAUGCAGAAAAACAAGCAGGAUUCGGACCCUGCAAGCCAGCCAAGGGUAAGUAAAAUACAAUGCUUGAGAAGGACACUUACAGGGCCAUGGUAGUGGUAGACAAUGUGAGUAGUUGUUUCUGAGUAACAGAUAUCCGAAGGAGAAAAUCAUUGUUGUGUCAUAAGAACUGGGGUAUGUUUGUGAACUUUGAGGUAAUUGCAGUCCAACACUAGAUAGGGUGGUAGCUAGCUAUUAUUAGUUUUAUGUAUAGGAACUAGGAGAGGUGAGUUGUACAUUAUUAAACAUGUAUCUUCAAAUAAUGAAUUAUUAUAUGUGCUUGAAUGUUAUUUUCUUUUCUA